GAAAGUGUGUGUAGCCCUUAAGUAAUACAUUACAUAGUCUAUGACGAGAUACUCUAUAAUGUCUUUGAACGUUUUUUUUCUUCUCUCUCUUCUCGCUGCACCACUCGGCCGAGCACGACAUUUUUUAUUCUAUAAAAUGUAAUUUUAUGUUUUUACUUUGACCAUGUACAUGGUCCUUCAUGUAAAGCGAUACAGGCAAUAAAAGCCAUGUGAGUAUUCUGAAUUUCAUUUAAAAGCCCACUACACUCGAUCCCACCUUUACUGAGAUAUUGAGAGAUAUCAGCCAGUGACGUUUUCCGUCACAGGUUAUGGGAACAGAGCUGAAUUUAAACUACAAUUAAAUCGCACAAAGGAAUAUAAACGUAAGGAUCGAGUGUCAGUGUUUGGGCUAUUGGAUCUCAUCACAUCACAAUGGACUCCGCCGCCGCCGAGUCGAGGCAACCUAACCUCAACCACCACGUGUCCAUCGAGAAGCUUCGCGACGCCUCCAAUUACUUCUCUUGGAAGUUCACAACUAAGAACAUACUUAUUUUAGAAGGUUUGUGGAAUGCCGUUGAGGGCCGUGAAACGGAUGGCGAUCGGCAGAAUCGUGCUCUGGCACGUAUAUGUCUUUCAUUGAACAAGGACCUGUAUCAAUAUGUUAGGAAUUGCACGACGCCUGCAGAUGCUUGGAGCAAACUAAAGGACGCAUUUGAAGAUAAAGGCCUGUAUCGCAGGGUACUUUUACUUAGAAAACUUCACAGAAUUCAAUUCAGUGAACAUUCAUCUAUGGCGAGCUACAUAGACAGCAUAAUAACUAUCGUUCAGCAACUAGAAGACAUAGGGCGAACUAUUGAGGAUGCCGAGGUCGCUGAAAUCUUAUUAAGUGGCUUACCAGCUGAAUAUGACACCGUCGUUUCAAGUCUAUCAACUGCGGCAGUAGGUCAAACUGUGAAAAGUGAAGUGAUAAAGUCCCGUCUGCUCCAGGAAUUCUCAAGGAAAUCUUCAAUUGAAUCUACAGCUGCUUUUGUUACUAAAAAGCAAGUCACCUGUGAUUUCUGCAAGCGCCAAGGCCAUACAAAGGCCCGAUGCUUCAAGCUCAAAUCGAAGAAGAGGAAGUCGUCCAACCCUAACAUGGACAGAACCAACAUGGUCGCUGCUUUUAUGGCUAGAACUCCACAAGAAAAUUUUUACUUAGACUCUGGUGCUACAAAUAGCAUGGUCAAUAAUAAGAAUCUUUUAUCUGAUACAUUACCUUGCCAGUCUAAUGUUAUUGUUGCAGACAAUAAUAAAAUAUCUUGUGAGGCCAUAGGAAAGCUGCAAUUUUCAUUGAAAGAUAAGGAAGAAGCCAUCAAUAACUGCACUGCUUGUCUUGAGGGGAAGAUGUCGGCCGCACCUUACCCAAAAGGACAGGCCAAGCGGGCUGAUGAAGCACUGCAGCUCAUCCACAGCGACGUCCUUGGGCCUGUACAGGAGCCAAGCUGGGGAGGCAAGAGGUAUCUUGUCUGCUUCACCGAUGACUACACCAGAAAAUCAUUCGGUUUUCUCAUGAAGGAAAAAUCAGAGAUGGAUCUGAUGGAGGUGACGAGGAGUACCAGUCACUGACCGAGCCCGACUCCGAUGACUUCGCCGACGGUGGGCGCGUGGAGCGACCUACAUCUCAGCAAGCAUCUUGUGGAGGGGAAGCGGUGCAUUCCGUACCCGACUUCAGCGACAGUUCUGCUGACGAUGAGCGCGUGGAGCGCUGUCCAUCGUCUGAGCGGGCAUCAUCUGGAGGGGAAGCGGUACUUGAGGGUGAAGCCUCAAUUGGUACAUCCGAUCGUCCUGUCCGUGUCAGGCGACCCCCACAAAGGUAUGGUGAUUACGAUUUUUCAAUGUUAACCCAACGUACCUCAUUUGAAGAACCCCAGUCUUAUCGUGAGGCUAUUGUAUCGCCAUAUCAUGAUGAUUGGAUGAAUGCAAUGCAAUGUGAGUAUGACUCGUUGGUUUCAAAUAAGGUAUGGACUUUGGUUGAUAGACCCACUAACAAAAAUGUAAUCAAGUGUAAAUGGGUGUAUAAAUUAAAGCAUGAUGCCGAUGGGAAUUUCGAUAGAUAUAAGGCGAGGCUUGUCGCCAGAGGCUUUACUCAAAAACAGGGUAUUGAUUUUAAUGAGACAUAUGCUCCUGUCAUCCGCCAUUCAUCUAUGAGAAUUUUGUUUUCCUUGGCCAAUCAAAUGGAUUUAGAAAUUGAUCAUCUUGAUGUAGCCACAGCAUUCCUAAAUGGAGACCUGAAUGAGGUUAUAUACAUGGAACAGCCUGAAGGUUUUUGUAAUGGAAAUAAUAGUAAAGUUUGUUUGCUACAAAAGAGUAUAUAUGGUUUAAAACAGGCCAGUAAAAUGUGGAACGAAAAAGUUAAUCAUGUACUUGUAAACAACGGCUUUAAUCAGUCAAAAUGCGAACCAUGUAUAUAUACCAAAAAGUCUGAAAAUGAUUUUGUCAUCAUAGCACUUUAUGUAGACGAUUUUUAUGUCUUUUACUCUAAAAAUAGUUCAUUUAAAGUUCAAUUGUUGAAUAUCUUAGAGAAACAAUUUAAUGUUAAGAACUUGGGUCCAUUGAGGAAUUGCUUAGGCAUUAGAGUUACAAGAAAUAAGUCAAAAGGUACUUUGUGUUUAGAUCAAACUGAAUAUAUUAAGAAAAUAUUAAUUCGUUUUAAGAUGCAAAACUGUAAACCGGUUGCAACGCCUAUGGCUUUAAAUUGUAAACUUAGUAUUCCUAAAAACGAUAGUGUUUGUGCACAAGAUGAGAUAUAUGAAUAUAGGCAACUUGUUGGUAGUUUAAUGUACUUAUCUGUGUGCACGAGGCCAGACAUAUCCUUUGUUUGUAGUCAGCUGAGCCAGUUUAAUAACAACUUUGACAAAUCACACUGGAUAGCGGCAAAACGUGUACUUAGAUAUUUAGCUGGUACAAUUAACUACUGUUUAUGUUAUAUAAAAAGUGUUAAUUGGAAUUUACAGGCAUUUACUGAUGCCGACUAUGGUAAUGAUCUUAUUGACAGAAAAUCAUAUACGGGUUUUGUCAUAAAGCUUGGUUCUGACUCCGUCUCUUGGGAGGCGAGGAAGCAAAGAUGUGUCGCACAGUCUACGACAGAGGCUGAGUUUCUAGCUAUAGGUGAUGUUUGUAAAGAUGUUUGUUUUAUUAAAAAUUUGCUUACCGAAUUGUUAGAGAAAUCUAUAAAUUGUACUGUUUAUAAUGAUAACCAGAGUGCUCAAAGACUAUUAGAAUGUAAAGAAUUUUGUCACAAAAGGACAAAACACAUUGAUAUCAGAUAUCAUUUUGUGAAAGAUUUAAUUAAAAAAGAUUGUAUUCUAGUAAAGUACCUUUCAACUGACAAGAUGAUAGCUGAUGUAUUGACCAAGCCAUUAUGUGUGCAGAAACAUUGUAGCUUCAUUUCUGAUAUGAAUAUAAUUGAAAAUAAUGUCUCAGUAUAGUUAUUAUCUAACUUAAUAUAUUUGACUGCGUAAUGUUGUUAUGAUGAGGACAAAAAUUGUCUUAAGCUUAUAUGUAUAAAUGUUAUUUAACAUGUCUCUAGAUUACAGAGUUACAAAAAUGUUGUUUAACACGUCUCUAUAUUGCAGAGUUGUAUAAAUAUUGUUUAACAUGCCUCUAUAUUGCAGAGCUUUAUAAUUUUUUAACGUCUCUAUAUUGUAGAGUCUAUUAUUAUUUAAUGACAUUUUUAUAAUGUAUUAUUGGACUUAUUCAAAUUUGAAUAGCAGGAAUCAUUUAUUACUAUAAGGCCUAAGGGGAAGUGUCAGAAAGUGUGUGUAGCCCUUAAGUAAUACAUUACAUAGUCUAUGACGAGAUACUCUAUAAUGUCUUUGAACGUUUUUUUUCUUCUCUCUCUUCUCGCUGCACCACUCGGCCGAGCACGACAUUUUUUAUUCUAUAAAAUGUAAUUUUAUGUUUUUACUUUGACCAUGUACAUGGUCCUUCAUGUAAAGCGAUACAGGCAAUAAAAGCCAUGUGAGUA